CUGCCUCCUCCUCUCUUGCCCGCAGCCGAGCGUCCCCUCCCCCCACCGUCGGGCUUCUCCGCGGCUACUGCAGAAAAUUCAGAGCCGAGUAGCUGAGGAGAAGGAGAAGGAGGAGGAGGAGGCUCCGGUCCCUGCGCGCCAUCCGCCACCCUACUGGACACGGCCGAGGGAACUAGAGCGUCGCCGCUGCAGCCUCCAGAGAAGACAAGGGCACCGUCGCCUCCGCUGCCGCCUUCGCGGUUUUCGCCUGCUGCAGCUCGCGGGAUCCUCAGUCUUCCACGAUGAAUCCUGUUUACAGCCCCGUGCAGCCUGGGGCUCCUUACGGCAACCCUAAGAACAUGGCCUACACAGGUUACCCUACAGCCUACCCAGCAGCUGCUCCAGCUUACAAUCCCAGCCUGUACCCAACCAGUAGCCCCAGUUACGCCCCAGAGUUUCAGUUCCUGCAUUCAGCUUAUGCCACUCUGCUGAUGAAACAGGCCUGGCCACAGAAUUCGUCUUCCUGUGGCACUGAAGGCACCUUCCAUCUUCCAGUGGACACCGGGACUGAGAACCGAACUUACCAAGCAUCCUCUGCGGCUUUCAGAUAUACUGCAGGGACACCAUACAAGGUCCCACCAACCCAGAGUAAUACUGCUCCACCCCCCUACUCCCCAUCACCCAACCCCUAUCAGACGGCUAUGUAUCCGAUCAGAAGUGCCUACCCCCAGCAGAAUCUUUAUGCCCAGGGAGCCUACUAUACACAGCCGGUGUAUGCCGCCCAGCCCCAUGUCAUCCACCACACCACGGUUGUCCAGCCCAACAGCAUUCCCUCUGCCAUCUACCCAGCUCCUGUUGCUGCCCCCAGGACCAAUGGUGUGGCCAUGGGCAUGGUGGCAGGUACCACCAUGGCAAUGUCAGCAGGUACCCUGCUGACUACACCCCAGCACACUGCAAUUGGGGCGCACCCUGUGUCCAUGCCUACAUACAGGGCCCAAGGAACCCCUGCAUACAGCUAUGUGCCCCCGCACUGGUAAAGCCUGCAGCCCAUUCAAAUCUGGAGUCACAUUGUAUGCAACUACUCAAGUCUUACACCGGUGCUGGAGCAGUUCCCUAGCAGCACCACCUCUAUUUGCAAGAAGAGACAACGGAAGUGCAAGGGUCACUUUAUGCAUCUUUAAUGGUUUUGAUUUUGAUUUUUGGUUUUUGUAAAAGCUGCUUUUUUCUAAUCUCUUAGGAGUCUCUCCCUUGUGCCCCCUCUUAGCCACUGCCCUUCCAUCUCUAACCUCCCUUCCUACCUGACCAGCCUAGUCUCCUCUGCACUUCUUUCCUUCCCCACGUAUUCUGUCCCUGGGAUCCCAGUCAGAGAAUGAGGUUUAUUGCAAUGGUUCAUCUGAAGGCUUAGUUCCAUUUGGAGAGCAUAACAGAUGUGGCUCUCAGGGCUGGGGUUGGAACUUGGAGCUGUUGAGCAGACCACAUCUCUGGGAGAUUGUCCCUUUUCUGUUUUUUCUGAAGCAAGAUUUGUUUAGACACCAAGAAAUGUCUUCUGAGAACCAUCACAACAGCCCGAGAACAAAACCACCUCGUUAUGUAGAGUAUUAAUAGCAGCUUCAUAUCCCCAGGCUGAGAACACGGGAAACCAGAGUCAAAAGGAUUUGGGGAAGAGGGGAGGGGGGCGAGCACUUGGGAAAGGAGUAGAAAGAAGGGGCAAGAGGGCCCUCCUCAACUUUGGUUUGAAAGGUUUCUGGCUAUGUUGUCUGGGCCUGGACCUUCUGAUUUGCACAGUGGUGUUCACUGACCUGGCACUUCCUCAAAAGAUGAUUUUUGACCCCAGACCUGCCAAGUAGUAGUUGCACGGUGGUGGGAUCCCAGCGUCCUGAGGUUUUGGAAGGCCAGAUGCCUGUGUAUUCCAGACCUCAGCCUGAGCCUCAGGGACCCACUCUGAUGAGGAGCUUCCUCCUGAUUAGAGUGGGAACUGGUGGCAUUUCUCUCCCUUGCCCUUCUGCCCUUCCCAGUGCCAGGACUCACCCAUCUGUCUUGUGGGGCUGGCAGACAGGCCAUGCUCUUGGUUACCUUGUGCCAUUUCACGGCCAAAGUGAAGGAACCACAUUCCAGGUGUGAGCUGGCGGUUCUGAAGGUCAGGAUAGUGAAGGAAAAGCAAUAGCAAUAAUCAUUUCAUACUCAUGGAACUGAAGGGACCUUAGCAAUCAUCUCAUCCAUUCCCCUAUUUGACAGAUGAGGAAUCUGAGGCCCAGAGAAGGAAAAAGGACUUCCCUGGACCUCACAGUAAAUUAGCAUUCAAUGCAGCCUUCCUACCUAGUGGCAUUUUGUCUACAAAAAUUUAGCUAGGGAUGGAUUGGUUUGGUUUUGUAAAAAUUAAGUCAGCAGUGCCCACAUCUGGCGAGUUCUGGAAUGAUCCCUGGGCUCAUUUCUAUAUUCCCUCAUGGACUCCAAAGAUGGAGGUUGAAGACUGGGCAGAGGCCACAUGGGGGCCAGUGGUGGUAACAGAAAUUGCACAUGAAGAAAUAGCAUUCAAAAUCCUGUGAAGACAUCUGGACUUUCAUCUUGAAUGUGACUCCACCCCUAAGAAAAGGAGCAGGUGCUGGCUGGCUGGAAAGGAGGGCUGUACUCUUUGGAUAAUACCCCCUAUCCCAAGAGAGAGGAAGAAAGGGAACCACCAAGAGAGGAAGACAAGGAUGAGGCCCAGCAGAUAUGGCACAUCUAGGAGAAGAGGGAUCCCUGGGACAGGGAGGUCCCUGCUAAUCUCAGCUAAGAGCCUGGAUUGCCUAGUACCACCCUUUUGUGCCCAGCACUUAGUGGAGCCAGUAGCUCCACUAGGUGGAUUGAGAACACCUCACUGUACAAAAUGGGAUCAUUGGCAACAUUUGGGACUUGAACUGUUUUCAUUAUAAAUUCAUAUGAACUUGGACAUCCCUUUCCUUCUGUUUCUCAUCUUCCCCUAAAAGAAGCAAAAAUGGAAACGCUUGGGCUGGAUGGACCUUGCAAAUGGUCUAGCUGUUCCCAGGAGGUCAGAACCUGUCAGCAUCCAUGACUGAGAACCAGGAGUUAGGGCUCCCACCUUCCUGGCCUUCUAGGAACUUUAGGACCAUUAAGAGAAAACACAGCUGUUCUGGGGUGCUGACAAGGUUUCAUUUUAAAACAAAGUUUUCCAGUGUUAAUCUGCUUUUUGCAGUUCCCUCCUACCUUUGGUUUUGUAGAAGUGGAUGAAGGUUGUUCUAGAUUAUGUUAUAUGUGUUUCAAAAAUGCCAAAAUAAUAAUGGUAAUAAUAAUUAUAGGGAACUUUGCACUUGUCUUAUGCUUCGUAGAUCUCAAAGCACUUCAGUCUUUAAUUUACUGAUCCAGAGAGCAUGCGAACAGGGCCAGUUAUUCUACCCACUCGACAAAUGAGGAAACAGAUUCUAGAAGGAAAGGAAAUGGCCCAAUGUGAGCCAAAUGUUGGAACCCUGGUAGGCUUCCCAUACCCCGCAGCCUCCAGGUAGUCUGAUGGGAGAGAAAAAGGAGACCUGGGAAUGGUCUUAAACUUUUGUUCUUUUCACAUCAGUAAGCAAAUAUAGUAUGUGUAUCUCACAGUCCACAUGGCUUAACCCUGAGAGAUGAAGAUCACUUCUGCUACUUAAUUUUUAAGGGAACCAAGGCUUAGAAAAGUUAAAGGGACUUGUUAGUAAGGGACAGAGCUGCCUGAAUCCCCUGUAGGCUGACUUUCCCCAGCCUGACCCACCACAGGCUCAUGUUCGGAAGUAUCUUUGCUCUGUACCCUUUCUUAGCCUUACUUAGUAUGUUAUUCAAGAUUAAAGAAAGGCUCUAAGGUGAUAAUCAAGUGUCAAAAUGCUGUAGUCUAGAGUAGCCAGUUCCAGUAUCCUUUUGUCGACGUGAGCCCAGAACCCCAGUUCUUUGGCCUCACCCUUAUUUGACAGAGCUCUGUAAGUCUGGCCAAGUUGGGAGUCAUGGCAAAGGGACAGAGUCCCAGAGUGCAGGGUAGUGUGUGUUACCAGUGGCUCCCAGUAAGGUUACAGGCACCCUGUGGAGGUACUUGAUAUAUCAUCUGAAGAUUCUGGAUGGCCCAGUGGUCAAGAUGAACAGGGGACAAAGCUGAAAGAGUCCCUUCACCUUAGGGAUGUGCACGUGUGACAUCAUGACCUGCCAUACUGGCAUCACCACACCCCUCUCCUACCCACGCCCCUGCCUUCUCCUCAGCUCAGCACUUCAGUGGCAGGGCUCGGGGAGGGGUGGCUCCAUUCACUAGCCUCCCCCACUACCACCUGCCCAUUCUCUUCAGCCCUGAGCUAGGAAGUUUGAGUGUGGAAACAGGACUGCCCCCAGCUAGUGGAAGCCUGAGAAUCUUUUUUCAUGUUUUUGAAAAGAAAAAAUGUUUUCUUCCCAUGAGAUGGGGCACUCAUUCUCCUGGAAAUGACCCUGGAAUGCAUAACCCCACCACCACCCCGAAUCUGAAUAUUCAGCAGGAACACAUACAUCUGUCCAGACCUUUCAUGGUAUGUAAAGUACUUUGAAACUGAUUGCCAAAACUUCCACUUUAUAGAUGAAAAAAACAAAGCAAAACAAAUAAACAAAAAACCAAAUACUUAAUGCUCAGAAGGGUUAAGAGACUUGCCAAAGGACACACAGCUCAUGAGUGAAAGCUAAGAUUUGAACCCUCUCCCAGUCCCCUGCUUUCUGCUGCCUCCUGCUGGUGUGUGGCAAACUUGAAGAAGGGAAACGGGAACCUGCUCCUAUGCAGAGAAAGACUGUGGAGACUUGGAAAACUCAGAUCUCAGCUGAGCAGAGUUUUGAGAAUUUCUGCUUUGGGCUGAGACCUGUCAUGGGCUCUGGGGACGCAGAGGCAGAUCCAGCCGGCAGCACAGAAUGAGAAAUGCCGCAAAAGACCCAACUCAGAUGAAACACCGAGGUGACAUUGCCUAGUACUGAGGAUGCUCAAGGGAUAGCACCAGGCAUCUUUCCAAGGAGAUUCAUGCCUCUGGGAACCCUACACACCCCUGGUUCUCUGACCCCUCCAUAUCCAACUAGUUGUCACUCCAAGGGGACUUGGCAUAGCCUUGAACUACCAAAAGCAUGUCUCGACUGGAGUCCCCGGGUUUGCUUAUUCACUGGUCCUGAAGAAACAAGUAACUAGGGUUCGUGCAUCCCACUUUCUUCUGACCAUAUGUCCACAUUUGAGAUCUAGGGGUGCUCCUUGAGAAGGCUUGGAUGCUGUGUUCUGAAUGGCCUUCAGAAGUAAGGCAAAAAGUGGGACAGGUCUCUUGGUCACCACGUAUUGGCAUCCUUGUGCAGAUAGGACACGAAGUGAAGUACUGGCUGAGCCAGGCUGAAGUGCUCUGCAUAUCAGAUUCCUUGACAAGAAGAUGCAGGCCCUGCUGUGGGCCCUGUGUUCUUCACAGCAUUUGACUGGAUCAGUCAUCCCAUGUACACAUGUUCACCAGAGUGAACACAGUGCAAGAUUGGCUUUUUCAUCUUGUGUUACCACAUCACUGCUGUGCAUGUGGCUCCCAGCAUCUUGUCAACCUUGAGGAUCUAGAGAAAGGCUGGGUAGAGUGGACCAAGGGAAGCAGUCAGUGGGAGAAACAGCCAGGCUCACUGGUCAGACCACGCCUGAGCCUUUGGAUACGCCAACUUCUAUAGGCAGGACAGGCAGGCUGCCAGCAAGACUUGUCCUUUUCCUACCC